AUGGCGGUGACUUUGGCAAGUUUCACGUCCUUCUUCCAGGAUGAAGGAAAGAGUAUUAAACGUGGUGAAAACCACUACAAGUCGGGUCAUGUUGAGAGUGGGAGUUACGCCGGCGGAGAGAUAGUUGGUCGAGUGAGAGCCAUACUGACGUGA